AUGUAUUUGUGUAUGAUGCUCCAGAACAAUCAGCAGCAAGCGGUCCACCAACAAGUGUCCACCACCAAAGAGUGGACCACAAACAUUCUGUUCGUGCGUCCCCCUGAAGGAGGAGCAGGUCCUGAACCCAUCAUCGUUCCUCCACCAAGGCAAGAGAACAUCGUGUAUGUCCUGAACAAGAACGAUGGAGCAGGAGGCCAGCGAGUAAUCGAGGUUACUGCUCCUCCUGCUACCAACCCCGAGGUUUACUUUGUCAACUACGAAGAAGGAGAGAACCCAACUCUUCCCAUUGGCGUAGAUCUUGAGACUGCUCUUAACGCUGCCGCUAGUGCUGGUGGUCAAGUGAUCGGAGGCGCCGGAGGAGCAGGUGGCUUUGGAGGCGAUGGAGGAUUUGGCGGUAGUGGAUCAGGUGGCUUUGGAGGCGAUGGAGGAUUUAGCGGUAGUGGAGCAGGUGGUUUUGGAGGAGAUGGAGGGUUUGGUGGUAGUGCAGGCGGAAGUGGAGGAUUCGGUGGAUUUUCAAGCAGCGGAGGAAUCUCUGGUGGAGGAUUUUCAAAUGAUGGUGGAAUCUCUGGUGUAGGAUUCUCAAGUGGCGGUGGAGUGUCUGGUGGAGGAUUCUCCGGUGGAAGCAGUGGUGGAUUUGGUGGUGGAUCUGGAGGUCACGCUGGUGGGUGUCGUGAUGGAGAGAUCCUGCAUGUAGAUGGAUCUUGCGUUGUUCCUGUAAUCACGAGAAAUGUAUUUGUGUAUGAUGCUCCAGAACAAACUCAGCAGCCAAGCGGUCCACCACCAAGUGUCCCACCACCAAGAGUGGACCACAACAUUCUGUUCGUGCGUCUCCCUGAAGGAGGAGCAGGUCCUGAACCCAUCAUCGUUCCUCCACCAAGGCAAGAGAACAUCGUGUAUGUCCUGAACAAGAACGAUGGAGCAGGAGGCCAGCGAGUAAUUGAAGUUACUGCUCCUCCAGCUACCAACCCCGAGGUUUACUUUGUCAACUACGAAGAUGGAGAGAACCCAACUCUUCCCAUUGGCGUAGAUCUUGAGACUGCUCUUAACGCUGCCGCUAGUGCUGGUGGUCAAGUGAUCGGAGGCGCCGGAGGAGCAGGUGGCUUUGGAGGCGACGGAGGAUUUGGCAGUAGUGGAUCAGGUGGCUUUGGAGGCGAUGGAGGAUUUAGCGGUAGUGGAGCAGGUGGUUUUGGAGGAGAUGGAGGGUUUGGUGGUAGUGCAGGCGGAAGUGGAGGAUUCGGUGGUGCAGGAGGAGUAAGUGGAGGUUUCGGUGGUGCAGGAGGAGUAAGUGGAGGUUUCGGUGGUGCAGGAGGAGUAAGUGGAGGUUUCGGUGGUGCAGGAGGGUUGUCUCGGCACUCGUGGUCGCAGCUUACGCGGCACCUCAAGGCUACAAUUUGGCCUCGCCAUCGGGAGGUGGAUUCUCCCAUGGUGGAGGUCACUCAUCUGGAAGUGGCUUCUCUAGUGGCGGCGGAGCCUCCGGUGGAGGAUUCUCCAGUGGCGGUGGAAUCUCCGAAUUACUGA